CCCGGCAUGGUGCGGCGUCGCGGCCGAUGGCGCUGAGGCGGAGCAUGGGGCGGCCGGGGCUCCCGCCGCCGCCGCCGCCGCCGCCGCCACCGCUGCCGCCGCUCGCGCUGCUGCUGGCCGCGCUGGCCGCGCUGCUGCUCCCGGAGCCGGCGGCCGCAGGCCUGAAGCUCGUGGGAGCCCCAGCAACUCUGACGGUGUCCCAGGGGCAGCCAGUGAGCCUCAACUGCAGCGUGGAGGGGAUGAAAGAGCCUGAGAUUCAGUGGAUGAAGGAUGGGGCGGCAGUGCAGAAUGUGGACCAGAUGUUCAUCUCCGUCAGCGAGCAGCACUGGGUGGCCUUCCUCAGCCUGAAGUCAGUGGAGCGCUCGGACGCCGGCCGCUACUGGUGCCAGGUGGAGGAUGGGGGACAAACCAAGACUUCCCAGCCCGUGUCGCUCACUGUGGAAGGUGUGCCAUUUUUCACCGUGGAGCCCAAAGAUCUGGCAGUUCCUCCCAAUGCCCCCUUCCAGCUGUCUUGUGAGGCCGUGGGUCCCCCUGAACCCGUCACCAUUAUCUGGUGGAGGGGGAACAUGAGAGUUGGGAAGCCAGCCCCGUCCCCUUCCGUUUUAAAUGUAACAGGAGUGACCCAGAGCACAGUGUUCUCCUGUGAGGCUCACAACGGGAAAGGCCUGGCCUCUUCUCGACCUGCGACUGUUCGCCUUCAAGCGUUGCCCGCGGCCCCCUUCAAUGUCACGGUGACCAAGCUCUCCAGCAACAAUGCGAGCGUGGCCUGGGUACCAGGUGCUGACGGCCUGUCCCUGCUUCAGUCCUGCACGGUCCAGGUGACGCAGGCCCCAGGAGACUGGGAGGUCCUGGCUGUGGUGGUUCCUGUGCCUCCUUUUACCUGUCUGCUCCGGGACUUGUCACCUGCCACCAACUAUAGUCUCCGGGUGCGCUGUGCCAACGCCUUGGGCCCUUCUCCGUAUGCUGACUGGGUUCCCUUUCGGACGAAGGGUCUGGCCCCAGCCAGUGCUCCCCAGAACCUCCAUGCCAUCCACACUGACUCUGGCCUCAUCCUGGAGUGGGAAGAAGUGAUUCCUGAGAGCUCUUUGGAAGUCCCACUGGGGCCCUAUAAGUUGCUCUGGGUUCAGGACAAUGGAACCCAGGGUGAACUUACGGUGAAGGGGACCAUGGCCAACCUGACAGGCUGGGAUCCCCAGAAGGACCUGACAGUGCGUGUGUGCGUGGCCAAUGCCGUGGGCUGUGGGCCCUGGAGUCAGCCCCUGGUGGUUUCUUUUCAUGACCAUGCAGGCCAGCAGGCCCCUCCUCAUAGCCGCACAUCCUGGGUGCCUGUGGUCCUGGGCGUGCUGACGGCCCUGGUCACGGCUGCCGCCCUAGCCCUCAUCCUGCUGCGCAAGAGGCGCAAGGAGACCCGGUUCGGACAAGCCUUUGACAGUGUCAUGGCCCGGGGUGAGCCUGCUGUCCACUUCCGGGCAGCACGGUCCUUCAAUCGGGAACGGCCUGAGCGCAUUGAGGCCACAUUGGACAGCCUGGGCAUCAGUGACGAACUCAAGGACAAGCUGGAGGACGUGCUCAUCCCUGAGCAGCAGUUCACGCUGGGCCGGAUGCUGGGCAAAGGAGAGUUUGGCUCUGUGCGGGAGGCCCAGCUGAAGCAGGAGGAUGGCUCAUUUGUGAAAGUGGCUGUGAAGAUGCUGAAAGCCGACAUCAUCGCCUCGAGUGACAUUGAAGAGUUCCUGCGGGAGGCGGCGUGUAUGAAGGAGUUUGACCACCCACACGUGGCCAAGCUCGUGGGGGUGAGCCUCCGGAGCAGGGCCAAAGGCCGACUCCCCAUCCCCAUGGUCAUCCUGCCAUUCAUGAAGCACGGGGACCUGCACGCCUUCCUGCUCGCCUCCCGCAUUGGGGAGAACCCCUUUAACCUGCCCCUGCAGACACUGGUGCGGUUCAUGGUGGACAUUGCCUGCGGCAUGGAGUAUCUGAGCUCCCGGAACUUCAUCCACCGGGACCUAGCAGCUAGAAACUGCAUGCUGGCCGAAGACAUGACUGUGUGUGUGGCUGACUUUGGGCUUUCCCGGAAGAUCUACAGCGGGGACUACUAUCGGCAGGGCUGUGCCUCCAAGCUUCCCGUCAAGUGGCUGGCCCUGGAGAGCCUGGCCGACAACUUGUACACGGUGCACAGUGAUGUGUGGGCUUUCGGAGUGACCAUGUGGGAGAUCAUGACUCGUGGGCAGACGCCAUAUGCCGGCAUCGAGAAUGCUGAGAUUUACAACUACCUCAUCGGCGGGAACCGCCUCAAACAGCCUCCUGAGUGUAUGGAGGACAUCUACGAGCUCAUGUACCAGUGCUGGCAUGCAGACCCCAAGCAGCGGCCGAGCUUCACCUGCCUGCGCAUGGAGCUGGAGAGCAUCCUGGGCCACCUGUCCGUGCUCUCCACCAGCCGGGACCCCUUGUACAUGAACCUGGAGAGAGCCGACGAGCCUGCCGAGGGAGGCAGCUUGGAGCUGCCCAGUGGAGACCAGGCCAGCGGCGGGGCUGAGGAUGGCAGUGCCCUGGGCGCCGUGGGGGGCACUCCCAGUGACUAUCGCUACAUCCUCAGCCCUGGGGGGCUCACCGAGCAGCCCGGCCAGGAGGAGCCGCCGCAGCCCCAAAGCCCCAUCAACGAGGCCCAGCGGCUCCUGCUGCAGCAGCAAGGGCUCCUGCCCCACAGCAGCUGUUAGCCCACGGGGCCAGGGGCUUCCCGGCCGUGGGGCUGGCUCUGCCAUCCUUUGAGCUGGCUGACUGCGCCCGAGGUGACCCCAGCCCUGGCAGCAAGGUGUGGAGGCUCCUGUGGUAGUCCUCCCAAGCUGUGCUAGAUGCCCGGACUGACCAGAUCGCCCAAUCCCCGUUCUCCCGCAGCCACGCUGGGGCCAGCCUGGCUCUGGUUCAGGCCUUGUCUUGGUGGAGGUGGGCCAGGCCUGGUUGUCUAAACCCAGGCAGCUGGCAGGAGGGGGUGGUAGUGUUUCCAUGGUUACCAUGGGUGUGAGGAGCUGGGGAGGGUGGCUGCAGCCCUGCGGGGUGGGGGGGGCCCUGACUCGCAGGGCUGAGCUUCCCCGGCUGCUCUCCUGCGUGCAUUGAGGCGGCUCUGGCCUGGUGGCCCAGGCGGGCCCACACUUGGGUCAAAAUGUUCAGGUCUGUCCAUCCACCCAUGAGUUUCUCUUUACUUUCUGCCUUUAGGUGGGAGUGGGUGAAGGGUUGGUCCAGUUAGGUCCCAGCCCUGAAGUCAGGAUCCAGUGGGUCGUGCUCAGGUCUGAAUGCCCUAGCCAGUGGCCCCAGGAUCUGGUGAGGUGUACAGCACAGCUGGUGGGUGGGGGGGCUGGCAGGACACAGCAGAUGGCCGGGGCCACCACUUCCCGUCUCCUGACGCCACUGCUGGGAAGGGGAAAGGAGCUGAGGGGCUCGCCCAGGAAGGAGCGCAGAGGAGUCUCGAAUCCCUCUCCAAGCCCUCCCACAGUCUGUCUCAGCAUGCUCCCAACUCCCAAAAUAUCCUCCACUAACAAAGGCGGCUGUGUCUGAGCUCAUCCUCACACAGCACCCCCAACCUCUUCCCUCUCCCUGCAGACCCUCUUCCGUGCCAGGAAAGAUGGGGCUGGCGUGGGGGAGGGGCGGUGGCUGGAACCUGCACCCCAGGCCUGACUGGGGCACCUCGGGAGUGCAUGGGGCCGGGCCCUGGCUCUUAGGGACACUUUCCAAGUUGUUAGAUACUGUUUAAAAAACAGAAAUAAAAUUGAUGACUAAAGACUCAA